AUGGAUAUAGAUAUGGAUCCAGGAGAGACAGGAAAGACUAUGUCAAAUUAUGGGAAAAAAAUACCCACACCUGAGGAAGUGAAACUAAGAUGGAUAGAAAUUGUGCGGCGCGAGAAAAACAUACGGAAGAAUCAUUUAGCAACAAAAGGCGAUGGAUCUGAACAAUGGCCAGGCAUCCAAUCAGCGACAGAGCAACAGUUGAAAGAGAAAAAUACAUAUUUCAACAACAACAAACAGAACAAACCUAGUUCGACCUACGACCGAUUAUUCCACGUUGAGGAAGGCUUCCAUAGUAAGAUACACCGGGACGACCGUCAGCACACCAUGAACCUAAAUGUGUAUUCCGAGGUAAGGCGCAUCUACCAAUAUUACACGAGAGAUACAGGGAAAGUAUGACGUCUCAUGACACAUGGCGUCUAUAUCUCAGAUAUGCCAACUUUUAUGUCA